GGUGUAGGGUGCUCAGCUGUCGGCCGCACCGAGCGGAGGUGCGCAGCAGGGAAGGUCGGGCCGGACGCCAGCGCCGCGCUCGCUCCCUUCCUGCUGCGCGCCCGCGUGCCCCCGCCCUCUAGGUGCGAGCACGCGCGCGCGCCCCCUGCUCCGUGACCCAUUUCACUGAACAAAGGAUUUUGCUGGAAUCUCAGCGCUAGACCUAAAAUGGCGUCGGCGCUCUCGCCCGCCCCCGCCCCCCGCGCGGGCACCAUAGAGACGGGGCGGCUAGAGCGGCCUCCUCUCGUGCCUGCUCUACGCGGCCCCAGCUCGCUCUCGGUGGUGCGUGGCCGGCGCGGCGCUGUCACAGCAUGGCGGGCGAGGGCGACUCUGAGCCGGAGAAGUCCUUCAAACUCCUAGGAUUUCUUGAUGUUAAAAAUGUCCCAUGUGCACGAGAAUCAGUGCUGUAUGGCUCUCUGGGAUCUUUAGUUGUGGGUCUUGGACAUUUUUUAGCAACUAGUAGAGUUAGAAGAUCUUGUGACUUUGCAGUCGGUGGCUUUAUUUGCACAAUGUUAGGAUACUGGUUUUACUGCAGGUACAAUUUAGCCCAACAGAGGAUUCGGCAAAGAAUGCUUAAAGAAGGAAUGAGAAACAAAAUGUUAUUUGAAGGCAGUUCUUUUGAUCCAGAAAAAAGCAAAACUGGCAAUGAAAGAAGCAAUUCGUAGUCCUGCUGUAGGGGAAUCUCUGUGGUGUAACACAGCAUUGAGAGAAGGUGGUCCAAAAAUGGCAGUGUGCCCUGUAAAUAUGUGAGAUAACUGAAACUGAUAAAUCAUGCUGGUUUUCCUAGAAGACUGAAGUAAGAAGUUCAGAGUGAAUCUGUUAAAUCUGUAUAUAAGCCUUUCUUUGAUUCAUAUAUGUAUGUAUGUGACUAUGUACACAGUUAGCAAUGACCUCCUUGUUUUGACUCGUUAAACAUUUGGGAAUUUAUGCUGCGUGUUGCACAGUCUCAGAGGAUUAAUGACAGCAUUUGGGGGCUGCUUUAACUUACAAGCAAAGCAAAGUUGUAAUUUCAUCUCAUUUAAAUACAAGAAAAUAUUUUCAUCAGCUGUUCUCUGAGCAUCUUGCAGUGCUGUUGCUAAGUGUACCCUUUGGAAAACAGGAAUAUUUAAGCAGUAGGUGAAUGCUUUGCUUGUGCAAAGCAGAAGAUAGCAGUAGCUUCUGUAACUUCAAAUGAUUUAUAUACAGUGUGAAGCUGAAUUUCCAUCCUUGUUCCAUCUGUGCAAAAUUAAGAAUAAAAACACUUCAAGAGGGAUCUCAGCUAUUUAUGUAACACUUUUUUAACUUCAUUAAAAAUGUCUUUAAGACAUUUCUUUACAAUUGGUAGAACAACAGUUGGCAUGAUUUGUAAGCGGUGGUGGUCAGUGGUUCAUCUGAAGAGGCACACUUUACUAGUAUAUGUCACUGUAAAGAAAUAUAUACUUUCAAAGAAA